AUGGCAUCAGAGCUGCAGGCCCAGGCGGCUGUUUACCGGGAACGCCUCUCCAGCUACUGGCGGGACUUGGCGCAGCUGCUCUCACUCGGUGCGACGCACGCCUCGCAGCUGUUGGUUCCCCUCGCAUUCGAACGUAUGGGUAACCACGCAAGUGAUCAGCAACUCCACGGUUGGAUUAAGGACAUGAAACGUGUGAAAGACAUGCUGCGCACGAAAUUAAUCGGAUGGGUACAGGACUUGCAAUUUGCCAACAAACAGGUGGAGCACUACGAGGUAGAAGAAGACAAGGACGGGCCAUGGGACUCGACACUCAGGCUGCCGCUGUUGAGUGAACGCCUGCUGCGCUAUCAGCCGUGGAGCCUCUCCUUUGACGACGACUUCAGUGCGCUGUGCAAGGAGCGGCAGCCAGAGGCGUCGCAAAUGUUCAGCCUCGCUGACGAACUGUACGCCCUUUAUCGUGUCUCCUGGUACACUACAGCUGAGUACAUCGAUUCAGUCUACGAAGAUGAUUUCAAGAUUGUAGACGAGGAGUGGCAGCUGGAGGACAGAAGCCACGAUACGCUCUCCGUGAACACUGACUGCGUGCAGCUGUUGGUGAACGCCCUGGACCACCCCACGUGUCCGCUGGAAGACCUGCCACUGGAAGCCGUGAAGCUGCGCGAGCAGUGCCGCGAGCAGCUGUGGGACGACGUGGUGCAGAGGUCGCCCCACAUACCUGUCACCAGCUACCUGGCCUACACGCAGAGGAUAAACGUCAACCUCUGUCUUCUGGCCUGGAUGGCGGUCAACUCGUACGGCAUUUGUCAGGACGUCCCGUUUACGCAGCGCCAAGCCAACCCUGGCCCGCUUUGCGUGACGCCACGAGAGCGCGCCGCGGCCUCCUCUUUAGGUGGUGGUGGGCAGAGCCGACACGGGGCGCACUGGGGGCGCUUAGCGGCCCACCCAGACAAGCGUCCUGCACCACCGGGACACGCGUAA